GUCACAGCAUCAGCUGUUUUUCGUGCAUACAUUCAUCGUUGAUGUGUUUUGAGUUGCAUGACCUUAUAUUAUAUUUGUCCUGAAAAUAUCUUGCGGAAAUAAACAAUCUUCAGUGUCAAGAAAAACAUGUCCGGUUUCGUGAAAAUGUGUGAACUUUGUGGUGGUCAAAUUAGUGAACAGUCUGAAUUUUCCUUCGAGGAUAUGAUCACUAACUGGUUAGAUGAAAAUCCUGAAUUUGCUUUCAAGUACUUUGUCAAAUCAGCAUCUUCAAGCAUGGUUGAAGCCUGGGCUAAUGGACAUCAUCAUAGUGAAUCUGAUGGCCUCUUUGAUAACUCAAUAAAUGUCUUGGACGAGCAUAAUGAUAAAAAUAAUGAUAAAAUUUCUGUGACUACUUCUCUAUCACUACCAAUACGUAAGAUAAGCAGCCAGGAUUUGGAAUUAACCCAUGACAAGCGUAUUUUAUCUUCUAACGAAGAUGGGAAGCCCACAUUUAUAAACUCUGUGUUCUUUCCUUCCCCUGCCACUGAACACAUCGAUUUAAAUGCUAGUCCUGCUCGUCAAACUGUGCCUUCACCAAGUCGACCAACACAUCCAACUGAGAGAGAUUUGAUAAGUGAACUUGCUUUGGAUAUUUGUCAUGAACUUGACGUGACAUCUUUAUGCUUUAAAAUCGUCCAGAAUGUUUGUAGACUAAUUAACGCUGAUCGUGGAUCAUUUUUCCUUGUGGAAAAGUCACGUUCAACCGGUGAGGAUGUUCUUGUUAGUAAACUUUUUGACAUUACAUCUGAGUGUAUAUUGGACGAUGUUUUACAACGAUGUUCUUCUAAUCACAUCAUUGUUCCUUUUAAUGUUGGUGUAACCGGCUACGUCGCACGAACUGGAGAUUACGCGAAUAUUCCGGACGCAUAUGCUGAUCCUCGAUUUGAUGAUUCCGUAGAUCGUGUAACAGGAUAUAAAACGCGCUGCCUUUUAUGCAUGCCUAUAAAAAACGUUGACGGAAAAGUGUUAGGUGUUGCACUGGUUAUCAAUAAGACAGUUCCUUCUGAUCAGCAUCGUGAUCAAGGUAUUAACUCAGUUCAACCUAGUAGUUGUGAGAGUGAACCAAUCAGGAAACAUGCGUCAUUCACCGAAGAAGAUGUAAAAAUAUUUCAAUCAUAUGUUACUUUCUGUGGUAUUGGAUUACACAAUGCACAAAUUUAUGAACAAAGUCGUUUAGAAACUUAUCGGAACCAAGUACUUUUGGAACUUGCACGAAUCAUAUUUUCAGAACAACUUGAUAUAACUCGUCUUAUUUAUUCAGUAUUAUCACACACAAUUUGUUUACUACAAUGUCAACGUUGUCAAUUACUUUUGGUGAAAACAACUUCAUCUAUGUCAUCCUAUUCUUCAAUUGAUGAGAUGGGACCAUUUCAUGAUCAUUUCUCACAAAUCUUUGAAUUAGCAUGGAAUGAAAAGUCAGAUUCGCCUGAUGUUAAGAAAAAAAAGCAUAGUAUCGACGAAGCUCGAUUCCCUGUUCAGUUAGAUUUGGCUAUUCACGUAUUACAAACUGGUGAAUCUCUUCAUGUCAAUAUAAAUGGUACCACUACUAGUUCGAAUAACAAUAACAAUAAUAAUAAUAAUGAAUAUAGGAAAAUUGACAAAACGCUUGAAGAAGAUUUAGAUCCAGUUUGGAGAAGUCGUUCUGUUCUCUGUAUGCCAAUUAAACAUUCCGAUGGUAAAGUAUUAGCUGUAUGCAUAAUAACAAAUAAAUCAACUGUUGAUUUGAGAAUCAAUAAUAAUAAUUUCAGUCAACAAGUCAAGCAUCAAUUUGAUUUCAAACCAGUUACAGAUAGUAUUCAAUAUUCAUCAAAUGAUAAUUUAUCAUCUAAAGAACCCAUUAUGAUGUCUUCAUCAAUUAACAAUUGGUCUGGAAUAUUUACUUAUUCGGAUGAAUUUUUAUUUGAAGCAUUUGCUUUAUUUGUUGGUUUGGGUAUUUCAAAUAGUCAACUGUAUGAAAGAGCUAUAAGAAGUGCAGCAAAACAAAAAGUUAUCAUGGAUGUUCUGUCAUAUCAUGCUACAGCGCCGACAUCUGAGGCUAAACGCCUAGCUACAUCACUAAUACCGACUAUGAGAUUUUAUCAUUUAGAUAAAUUUUCAUUUACUGAUGUACGAUUAUCAGAUGAAGAUACUCUGAAAGCAUGUAUACGAAUGUUUCAGGAAAUGAAUUUUAUGAAAUCAAUACAUUUCGAUCAGUUAUCAUUUGCUCGUUGGCUAUUAUCUGUACGUAAAAAUUAUCGUGAAGUUACUUAUCACAAUUGGCGUCAUGCAUUCAAUGUGACUCAGACAAUGUUUUGCAUAUUACUAAAAGGUGAUUUUCAGUCAGUAUUUACAGAUCUUGAGUGUUUAGCGUUGUUAACUGCUUGUCUAUCUCAUGAUAUCGAUCAUCGUGGUACAGAUAAUCAGUUUCAAAUUAAAACAAUGUCUCCAUUAGCUAAACUAUAUUCUACAUCGGUUCUUGAACAUCACCAUUUCAAUCAGUUCAUGAUGAUACUAACCAUAAAGGGUAAUAACUUUUUAUGCAAUCUAAACAGAUCAGAAUAUGAUACUGUUGUGAAAUUAAUUAGAGAAGCUAUAUUGGCUACGGAUCUAUCAAGAUAUUUUGCUAGACUACCGAAAUUUCAACAAACUUUGCAUAAUUUGAAAGAAAUUAAUGAUCAUUCUACAAAUUUAUGGCGAAAUGAUCGCGAACAACGUUUAUUACUUGGUUGUAUGUUUAUGACAGCUUGUGAUGUUUCAGCCAUAACAAAACCAUGGCCGGUACAAAAAUUGACAGCUGAAAUGGUUGCCAAUGAAUUUUUUGAACAAGGUGAUUUGGAAAAAGAACGACUGAACGUAACACCAGCUGUAAUGUUUAAUCAAUUUCAUCAGCUUAUUUACGCCUUGUUAUUAGUUAAUAAUGCGUGGUUUAUUCAAUGGAUCACGUCACUAACUUAUUUUGCCUUAUCUUGUUCCUGUACAAAUAAUUUCUUAUAUAUAUAAUUACGGAUACUCUUGUUCCCUUGAAUUGGAUUAUUUGGAAACUUGUUGUUUAUUGGCAUUAAUGGAUCGUGAACGUAGUAAUGAACUUCCAAACCUACAAGUCAGCUUCAUCGACUCAAUUUGUAUGCCAAUUUACGAGGCUAUUGUACAAGUUUCUCCAAAUUUCGAACCAUUACUAAAAGGCUGUAAACGUAAUCGUACAUGUUGGCUUAUUCUAUCUGAAAAUGGUGAAGUUGAUCAUUCAUUAUAUGGAUUAAAUGAUGAAUCAGAGACUACACCAGGAACAUUAGUUGGAACUACGGGAAAAUCGAUCACAACAACAACGGAAGAAUCAACACACCUAGAAAAUGUAAACACAUCCACAUCUGGUAUUAUUACAUCAUUAGGUACAUUGAAUCCAGAUUCAGCUGAACGUAUUGCAAAAAGUAAACCAUUUACAUCAUCAAAUAUUCGUAGAGCUUCUGUAUCAUCAAUGACUACAGUUGGGGGUCAGGAACCACCGAUACAAUGUCAAUCAUCUGUUGAAUCCAAAUAAUGCAUUGAUACAUACACUUGCAUACAUAUUCAUAUAUACUACACACAUUUUGUUUUACCGAUUCACGUGAAUCGACUUAUUCCAGUAUACUGUCUUUCAGGUGUGUUUGUGUGUGUUUAUAAAUGUGCGCGUGCAUGUGCGUUGAUGUUUAUCCGCUUUUAUUUUCACAUCUGUCUUUUGUGUUAUUCGUAAACACGGAGAAUAAUAUAAGAAAGUUAUUAGUGGAUAAUGGAAUGCACUGUUACCACUGAAUAGAUUAAAUAUGUAUUUCUUUUACUAAUGGUACAUAUUUGUAGAGAGGGAAGGGGUGAGGGUAUAUUUGUAUGUCUGUGAGAGAGAGAGAGAGAUCUCUCUCAAUGUAUAGCUUGUCUGUACAGCAAAUGUAAUUAAUGAUCACUUCACUUUCCAAUUACGUUUUAUUUUCUCUUUUUUUCUUUAUUUUUAUUAAUAUUCUAUGACGUAAUUCAGAUAGUUUAUUGAUUUCUCACCUUUAAUUAUGCCUUUUGUUGUUAGACCUUGUGUUUCUGUUUUACAACCUAAUCUAUCUAUCUGUUUUUGCCAUGACGACAAAUCUCUGAAUGUAUACAUGCAUGUGUGUAGACGUGUGUGUGUGUGUGCGUACCGUUUGUUGAAACAGCAUUCUUUUCUUAUUUAAUUAUUUAUUUAUUCAUUUUAUUUUUUUCGUUUUUGUGUUGUUGAACAAAAUGUUGUUCUUAGUUUAAAUGAAAUACAAAGAAUAGCAUUAACUCUACGACCUUUACAUUCAGUCUAAAUUGCGUGAUUAUGUAUUGUUUUACUGCACAGUCAGCACUGUAUUCUUUUUACAUCAUAAUAAUGUAUUGUGAAUACCAGUAUUAUUUUAGUAUGUUUACAAGGUAUUCGGUCUAGUAUUUUUGCUCUCUACUGAAAUGAAUUAUGUGAAAUCAAUGUAUUUGUUUGUUUGUGCCAUGAAGGAACAAUUCCUUUUGGUUGUUGUUAUUGUUAUUGUCCUCAUCUUAGUUAAUUUUAUCCUUCACCCUACAGUUUUCAAAUUUGUCUUCUUUUCAUUCCUCAUUAUGAUUGUUUAAACUGUUUGUUUCUUUAUUUAUUUCUCGUUAGUGUAAGUACUAUUUUCUUCUUGCAUUAUUUGUUAUUAAAGGCUGUGAUUAUUUUCCCGUUUACCUAUGGUAUAUAUAACUAAUUUUUAGUGAUGGACGUCUAUACAAAAGUAAACAUUUAAUGUGUGUAUCUUUUUAAUGAGACAGGAUUGAAAAAUAUAACUUCUUUUUUUAUUACAACAACAGAUUCACAUGUUUGGUUCCCACUGAUACUAUUCAUCAGCUAAAAUAACUUCUGAUGUUAAUGUGUAUUUCUUACAUAUUUAGUGCUCGAGAUUUAAACUGUACCUUGGUGUAAGAGUUUAUUCUUAAUGUGUUUUGAUAGUUUUAUAUUUAGCAUACAUAAAAACUUGUACAACUUGUAACCAAAAGUAGUAUGCACCACACUAAAUAAAGAGAUAUUAUGAGAAAAUAAAGGAGAGAAAGAGACUAUCCAAAAAAAUGAGUAAACAAGAACAGGAAAUAUAAUUCAGUUGGAAAUACAACUAAGAAAGACCUGGUUUACUCGACGGUAUCCUCCUCACUUUUGUGGAGAAUUUAAAUUAGACUACAGCAGGGUUCAAACUGUCCUCUAUUUCGAGAUAUUUCUGAUAACGUUCGAAACCAUUGGGUGGCACCACCUCCAGGACCACAAUCAGCGAUUCAUAAUAAGUUGACAGACACUAGUUAUAUAUAGCUUUUUUCCAUAUCACAUCACCAUGUCAUAAAAUGACAACCUCUUCUUCUCUACGCUGUCCUAGUAUCAUCAUUAAAUACUUGAUACGGAAGACGCUGAUAUGACAUCAGUAAAAUGCCUCCAAACCAAUGUUUCAAGGUGGUGACACAAAUUCAGUUAUCGCCAAUACUCCCGAAUAUACAUAUUUAAACCUCGGCAUUACUAACAUCGUGUUGCCUCCGGAUAUCAGCACAUUUUUGUCGACAACGAUAAUCCUAAAAGAACUAUUAACAAUUAUAUGUAGCUAAUAACAUAUUUGACUAUUUAAAUGUUAGCAAUUACUAAAAUGGCCUAUGUGUUAUUUUUAAUGUUUAUCGUUGAUAAUUGAAAUUAACUCACUGACAGGUAAAUCGAUAAGUUAUCAGGUAACUGAUUUAUUCAGAAUUUUUUUUUUAUUUGAUAAAUUAUUUUAGUCGAAAUAAAACAAUUUCUAUGAACUGACAAGCAGUAGAUAUUAACGACAAAUUUGUUAAAUCUUUU